CACAUAUGCAACGAAGCAGUUUCCAAGCACGGAGCAUCGAAACAUUUGUCUGCUGAAGUACACCCACAUGGGGACACCAACCAGAAUAAUGAAGCUCACUAAAGUGGUGUCUGGAUUUUCACUAAAAUCCUGUGCGCUUUCUAAGCUGGGUAACCGUUACUUUCUCGGCGAGGUGGUUUAACCAUUAAAUAGUAGGUGCGGUUGGUAUGAAUGAGGGGCCUGACUUAGGACACCCAUGUGCGCUCCCUGGUGAAAUGGACCAAAUGAUCUUUUACCUUCUUCGUGUGAAAAAAUGUCGUUAUGCCCCAUGUAAUUAGAGCUCUAUUUGAAUUUAAAGUUUAAAAUAAUCACUCCAGUUUUCCGAAUGAAAAAAAUUUAAAGAGCUUGGGAUAAACAAACUGUAAAAAGAAUUGUUAUUAAGAUUUUAGGUUCACUGCAAAAUGGAGGGGAAAGUAUGGGUGUCCCAUAGACCCCUGCCCCGGGGCACAUGCACAGGUUCCCUUAUUAUCAACACCCCCCGCCCCCACCAGAGUGGUACAUUUGUUACAAUCGAUUGACAUCCAUUGACUCAUCAUAAUCACCCCAAAGCCUGCAGCUUACGUUCCAGUUCACUCUUGGUGUUGUGUAUUCCAUGGGUUGGGAUAAGUGUAUAAUGAUAUCUAUCUAUCUUCCCGGUAUCGUGCAGAGAAUUUCUACUGCCCUAAAAACCUCCUCCGUGCUGGGCCUACUCAUCCCUCUUCACCCCGCAACAAACUUUUUAUAUGGAAUCUACAAAUACUCUAGCUGGGAUUUUGCUGAUUAUAUUGGGGAGUUGAUUUCUUAAACAUGGUUUCUUCUGUUGUACAGCUUGUAUCAGGGACAUUUUCCCUAGUACGGCAUUUGCGGACAGUAACAUCGACAGUGUCAUGGCUCCGGAUGUCUUUGUCUGUCGCCGCAUUUGUACUCACCACCCCAGUUGUUUGUUUUUUACCUUCCUUUCCCAAGAAUGGCCAAAAGAAUCUGAAAGAAAUCUUUGUCUCCUGAAAACAUCUGAAAGUGGAUUACCAAGUACACGCAUUAAGAAGGACAGAGCUCUGUCCGGUUUCAGUCUGCAAACCUGCAGGCACAGUGUCCCAGUGUUCUGUCAUUCCUCAUUUUACCACGACACUGAUUUCUUGGGAGAAGAACUGGACAUUGUUGACGUGAAAGGGCACGAAGCCUGCCAGAAAAUGUGUACCGACUCCAUCCGCUGCCAGUUUUUUACCUAUUCGCCCUCUCCAGAGUCUUGCGACGGAGGGAAGGGUAAAUGUUACUUAAAACUCUCUUCAAAUGGAUCCCCAACGAAAAUACUUCAUGGGAGAGGAGGCGUCUCUGGAUAUACAUUAAGGUUAUGUAAAAUGGAUAAUGAAUCUAGUCAAAAUCUUCAAAACGUUGCUCUGAAACGAAUCUCACCCCAUCCACCCUCAGUGUGUACGACCAAAAUCAAGCCCAGAAUUGUUGGAGGAGAGGCAUCUGUUCAUGGUGAGUGGCCAUGGCAGAUAACUCUGCACAUCACAUCACCUGCCCAGAGACACCUGUGUGGAGGCUCCAUCAUUGGAAACCAGUGGAUACUAACAGCUGCUCACUGUUUGAUUGGGUUAGAGUCACCUAAAAUCUUGCGUGUCUAUAGUGGCAUUUUAAAUCAAUCAGAAGUUAAAAAGGACACGGCUUUCUUUGGGGUUCAAGAAAUAAUAAUUCAUGAUCAAUAUGAAAUGGCAGAAAGUGGGUAUGAUAUUGCCUUGUUGAAACUGGAAACGGCAAUGAAUUACACAGAUGCUCAGAGACCCAUAUGUCUACCUUCCAAAGGAGAUCGAAGCAUAAUAUAUGCUGAGUGCUGGGUGACUGGAUGGGGGUACAGAAAAUUAGGAGACAAAAUACAAAAUACUCUCCAGAAAGCUAACGUGCCCUUGGUGACAACCGAAGAGUGCCAGACAAGAUACAGAGGGCACAAAAUAACCAAUAAGAUGCUCUGUGCAGGCUACCGAGAAGGAGGGAAGGAUGCUUGUAAGGGAGACUCGGGGGGCCCCCUGUCCUGUAAACACAACGACGUCUGGCACUUGGUGGGCAUCACCAGCUGGGGAGAAGGCUGCGGUCAGAGGGAACGGCCCGGGGUUUACACCAAUGUGGUUGAGUACGUGGACUGGAUUUUGGAGAAAACUCAAGCGGUGUGAAAGAGUCCCCAGAUGUCAUGUGACCCCUGAAAGGGAAACCAGAGGCUUCCCGGGAGCAGGGUUUUGAUUUGACUGAAGGAGACAGACACCGAGCCGCCAUGUUCCUCCGCGGGAUCCAGGGUCAAGACAGUAAGGCGUUGAGGGGCCUCGGUAUUUGUGAGCCACACGUCAAAAGACACAAGCUGUCAUUUCCGCAAUUCCCCUUGUAUGAUAAUCAUAGUCUGUUUUCAGCA